AUGCAGAGUGCUGGGACGAACUUUGAAGAGUGGUGCGCCGGCCAUGGAUGCCCAAUCCCCAAACCUGGCGGAGAUGCGUCGCCCAAUGGCCAUCGGGUAAUCAAUUUGCUUGACCCGAUCGGAAAGGUGUUCUACAAAGCUGCCUUGAAUCUGCAAGCUGACCCACCGCUGCCUCAUCAAUAUGGUUAUUCGGCACAGAGAUCACGCCGUGACGCCAUCCUGCAACUGACAGUUCUUCUGGAACGUUUGCAACAAGAGCGUGUGUGCACCAGUGCCAACUUGUAUGACCUGACGAAGGCCUUUGACAUGUUCAGCAGUCAAAACGUGGUUGCAAACUUGAGCAAUGAUCUUGCCUUGCACCCAACUCUGAAGGCUCUACUCAUAGACAUGCAGGGAAGGCUGCAAGUCAAGAUGCCAAUUACAGGCCAAGCACCGCUCACAGUGAACCUUGGCACUGGGGUUUUGCAAGGUGGUGGCACAGGCCCUCGACUAUUUCGCAGAGUCUAUGAUGAUGCCAUCCAAGAUUGGCAGACACAAACCUGGUCUGAUUCAAGGUUGACUUGUGUAGCUUAUGAAGGUCAGGAACUUGACCUUUCAGUUGCUGCUUAUGCUGAUGACUUGGUGAGAGUAGAAGCUGGCAGAGACAUUCGCAGAGCAGAGCGCCUGACAGUGGACCACACAGACUCUCUGAAAGAAGUGCUGCAAAGACACCGCUUGGAGUUAAAUCUGCGAAAGAGCGAAUCCCUUGUAGCAGUGCGAGGGCGUGGCGCCUACAGCGCGGCUGAACGCGUAUUUGCUGGUGACUGGGCGGGCCCGCCUCUCAAACAAUCUGUGGAAUACUUGGGUGGGCACCGCUCUGUGCCUCUCUCAUUGCUUCGAAGACUAGCUGGCUUAGCUGAAGUACGAGAAGAAUUGCGGACCCGACGGCUCCAAUGGCUUCGUGCUUCACUUGCUGCAGAGGCUGGUGGGGAAGUACGCUUGGAUCUUGCUGCUCUGUUUGGAAAAAUGGAGUGUCACGCUGAUCCUCCUGUGAAUGCACAUGGACAACUGACAGCUGCUGCGCCUUCAUUCCUGCGUCUUCUGGCAGCUGAUCUACGAGCUGUGGUGCCUGACUGGGACGGUUUUGUGCUGGGAUGGAAAGAUGUUUUUCUGGCUUUUCCAAAGUCUAAGUUGCGAAGCCGAUUGCCGCUGCAAGAAAACCAGCGACUUGAACCACCUCAAGCUCAACCCAUGAGAAGCUUGAGUGCUCUUCCUCCAAGAGGAUCUCCGUUGGAAAUUGCUGCUUCGCUUUGCAUCCUAACUGAUGGAACUUGCCCUGAGACGCUUGACUCGGUUUCAGCAGAAGACUGGAUCAGCGGGGUCUACUGUGGACAAUGUGCGGCUGGGCUCGAGCAAUCUCUGAAUCAGCUUCGCGCCUUGCUCACCCUAAUGGCAGGGCUAGCUUUCAUGGCGCCGCUUCAAGCUGUCGCGGCCAGCUCUCCGCAAGGAGCCAGGCCGAAGCGCCCUCAGUCCGAGGGAAUCAGCGCCAGUGGCAGCAUGGAUCAGCAAGUGAAGCAGCUGACUGCUCAAAUGCAAGUGCUCAUGAAGGUUGUCAGCCAGCACGACAGAGACCUUCGCGAGCUAGAAGCAUGGAGCUGCCACACAUUUUUGCUCAGCAAAGAGAGCGCCUUGGCCAAGCUACUGCUGGAAGCAAUGCAAACCUGGAAGUCACAGGUGCCGGAAGCAGGUCCUCACCCUCUCGGAGCUCCGAGAUGGACGGUGGCAGGCACAGUGGCGCAAGCUCUUCUGCAGGACACCGCCUGUGCCGACAAACUUGGCAAGUUUCGAGUCUUCCACGAGAAUUUGAAAGAACUGCCAGACAUGGAGAAAUCUGUGCAGCUGGCCAUGGCCAAAGAAACCAGGGAUCACAAAGUCUUGUUGAAGAUUCGCCCGCAACUGAUCAGCCAAGAUGAAUGGAAUGAAGCAUUUGCCGUCCUCAGUGAAAAUGUGCGGCAAAAUGGAGGGGAAGCCAAGACAAGUGCAGCUCCACCAAGCCCACUGAUUCGCCAAUUAAAUGUCAAAUAG